ACCAUGCUGAACGUGCUGCUGCUGUGCUGUGGGCUGCUGCAGGGCAUCCAGGCUGUCCUGGCUGCCGAACCGGGCCAUGGCCACCUGAAGAAGGGCAUGGAGGGGGCAGACAGAGCAGGCUUCUCCAGCCUGCUGCGGGAAGCCAAGGACGCGUCUGCAGCGCCGGCUGGAACUCCACCCAGGCUGUGGUUUGAGCAGAUGUCCCGGGAGCUCCAAGAAGCUGAUGGUGACCUGGUGCAGAGAGGCAGCGUGGUGGAACCACAGGGGGUCUCGGCAGAGCUGGAAGCUGAGGGCAGAGAGCAGCGCUCCCCUCGCCGCUGUCUCCGUCUCCUGGAGUCCUGCCUGGGCCAGCACCUCCCCUGCUGUCACCUCUGUGCCACCUGCUACUGCCGCUUCUUCAACGCCGUCUGCUACUGCAAGAAGACCAGCAGCAACGUCCACUGCGGCAAGAACUAA